CUAAGGUUAAAACCACUCUAGUGGCGCAUGCCGCAAAACACUACCAAACUUCAAAUUUGUUGCAGCUUCGUGAAAACUUUCCAAAUGUGUUUUUUGAUGAAAUCCGUUCCUUUGCUUUGAUUUUCUGUUCUGGACAGCGACGGACAGAGUGAAUGUUUCAUCUGCGUCCCAUGGAUGUGGGCUCGUUCCUCGAGGGAGUGGAGGAAACCGACGAGGAAGAUGCAGUUUCUGUAGAGCCGGGGCUGUCGCUGUCGCAAGACCCGGCUGUGCAAGGAGCCAAGCAAUACCUGCAAGCCGGUAGCCGAACGUUGCGCGUUUCCGAACCGGCUUCAGGACAACAAGCCUCAAAGCGCGCCGCGGAGAAGCGGACUAGUGGGCUGCAAUCUGAAGAACGCUGUCAGGACGCUUCUGUGCCAUCAUCAAGCCGACCUACCGACUCCACCACGAAAAGCCGCUUUUCAGACGGCGUCAUGAAAGAAGCUCCUGCGAGCAUGCAGCGCUCGACCUCACCCGUGUUCGUCUCUCGCCCGCCUGCUUUUUCGCCUGUAGAGACAAGCGCCGCAGUAGAAGAGACAAGGGACAAUAAAAGCCCACAAGGGGCUUCGGUUAAUGUUCGUGCGCAGUCUCCAAAGCCCUUCCGAGUCGUGAGCACAACCCGCGCGUCCAAGCUGCUUAACCGCUCGCCAGACAAAUCGCUGACAACCGGGCAAAUUCAUGUGAUUGCGGCCGGUCUUCAGAGCAUCGGCGAGCGCGAGCACGGAUCGGAACAACAUCUUCCGGGGGAACAGGCAGCAUUCUCGCCCGGUGAGGUUUUUCCCGGCUCCGGCACGGAGGACGCUCUGUCCUCGCAAAGACACGGUGCUAGCAAGGAGGUGUCAGCACCGUCCCCCUCCUCGUCCUCCUCGUCAAAAACAGGAAUGUCUCGAUUACUCGCCAGUCGUACGCUGCUCCAGAAACUGGAGCCGGGCAGUCUUUCGGUUGCGCAGGAGAAGCUACGGCAGAUCAGUUCGCCCACCGGCUCCUGCAGUACUCCCGCGGGCGAUGUGAUGAUCUCGAGCAGUACUCACCUGUUAGACAAUAAACCAAGGACACCUCCUGCUGCUCUCGACGGGGAUGGUUUCGUUGUGAGCGAGACGCUUUUGUGGACCACAAGCAGAGGCAGCGACACCAAGGGCAGAAAGAACAACGAAGCAGAGCUGGAGCAGCUGCAGAGCACGCCUUUGGCUUCCGGGUCUGAGCGGGAGGAGGGAGCAGCAGCAGAUCGGGGCUUGGCCACUGCCUACGCAGAAGCUGAAGUGGAAGAAGUAGAACUAGAAGACCCGAGAAACUAUGCCUCGGAAGCGACUCUGGUAGCAGCCAUUGAUCGCGUGGCUCGCUUCAGCGGGAAGGCCAAGCGCGCAGCUCUCUUUUCUGCCGAAGAAGAACAGGCGUAUCGCGACACUGUGCUCCAAGCGAGUGGCGUGCCGGUUCGGAAGCAGAGAACUCGUAUGUCCACGUUGCUAAAGAAAAAGCCCUCGGAUGCUUCACCUGCUGGCGCUUUAUCCCACGGUUGUAGUACGGGGCAGACGACGAGUACGACUUUCAUCGCUAUUCCGAAGAUUGCGGGUUUGGAGGAGGAGCGAGUGCUGGCAGCCGGUCCGCUCAGCGUCGUCGGUAGAACAAACAGGGGCGCGCUGCAGGCGGAGGGCAAUUAUACCGGCUCACCUGCACGCUUGGAGAGCAGCCGAAUUCCCAUCGAGAAGUGGAGUAGCCGCUCGCCGCACAGCAAAGUGUCACUCUCCCGCCAGAUUCGCGCGCGCGCUUUUCUUUUUUCGGAGGACGAUGACGACACUGUUUCCUCGCGGGGCAGCAAGGGGUCGAGUCAGGGUGGUUUAGCUGGGCCGCCCGCACCAGACCCGGGCAUGCGUUUCGUGAUUUCCCCACCGGACAGCGGGAGUGCAAGAAAUAGUCACUUUGAAUUCCCAUCCGCUAGAAGCGUGCAGCAAAUUGCUCCAGCUUUUUCCAACGGAAAAAACAAAAUCCAAGAAAGUUUUGAGCAGCUACCGUUCGGUUUUGCAGCGAGCCGACGAAGGCAAGACAACGCUUCGGCCUCGUCCGGGAGCGCGGAGACGGCCAGUGGAUACACGCGACGCAGCCUAAAGGACCGCAAGCCUCCGGCCUUCACGGCCGCGUUUUAUCCAAGUACUCCGGAGGCGGGCGUAGGAUUAGGAGACCAUGCUGCAGGGUCAAGUGAGAGUUCGCAGGCCGAAGCGUCCACGGAAACAACUUCUGCUGUGGUUCUCGAAGAUGGAGCAAGCGCGGGCCCCUUUCUAGUAGAAACUCUUCAUAAGGCGACGAGCAUGCGGGCGUCGCAUAAAAACAACGUAGUCGCCGUACCGGGUGGAAGCGAAAAGAAGCUGGACAUGCGCGAUUUCUGCCAACGACUACUGGAAGCACCGUCGCAGGCACUUUUUACUCAUGGCGAGAAAGGUACAGAUAAUCAUGUCGCUGAAGAUGUUCAUGUUGCAGCGGAGCGCAUAACCAGCAGAAAUCAGAGCAAAGACAGCCAGCGUGCGGAGCCGAUUUCGCCAAGUGCUAGUCAUCGCGCGAUUGCAAUUGCAAAAGCACUUGGACCACGCGUCACCAUUGUACAAGAAAAAAUAGCUGCCAAGACCGAGGUACGUACUUUGCUUUUUUGUACUAUCGCAAACAUAGUAGCUGAGUUCUGAACUACAUUUGUUGCUUCUUUUUGGCGACAUUUAUUAAUUGCAAACCGAUUCAAUCGACGUCGAGCAGCAAUAGAUGCAAAGCUGGACUUGAUGUGCAAUAGCGAUUGAACGUGAUGAACUCGUAGGAACCAUCAAAGCCGGGCGCUGGCGAGGAAGUUGAAAACGCACGACCCGAUGCGGCAGCCGCCGUGAUUCCGCAGCUCGGCGCAGGCACGCCGGAAAAUGCUGCGAUUCGAGAGUCGCGUUUUCUUAUCUCAGCGAAGCUGCGCAACAAGUGUGGAAAUGCCGUGGAGGCUAUGCGAGAAAUUGUGGCUGCGGGUGAUGAAACAUCAGCAGUGCGGGCGAACAAAGGCCUGCUGAAGCAGAAGAUCCUUGCCAGCUCUAGAUCUGAUGCGGCAAACGCAACGACGUCCCGUGUUGACUUCGAACUCGCGCAACUCGGGCAUGCCCAGCGGGUUACAAAUCACAAUCUGUUUCCGAAAGGUGAAACCACGGAGGCGCUGUCCGACGAACCGCACGAGCAGGACGUCGAAGGAAACGACGAUGCAGAAGAAACCUUCCGUGGCACCUCUUUGAAAGCUUUGGUGCACCGAACCUCGGAGGCCAGCCCAAAGCGUCGCAGCGCCGAAUCGUGCGGCGAUCGGGCGGCGGCUAUCCCCAAGCUUCACGCCGAAGAUGGCGACAGGCCUCCGCGAGACGGCGGGAGCAGCGAAAACGCAAACGCGCCCCACCCUGGGUUGUGGUCGACACGCAUUCAGGAUUUCCCGAGGCAAGCCGAGGCAAUUUUUCGGAAACGGCGGAGCAACGCCAUGGUGAAGGACUCACACGGCGGUGAGAACCCUUUGGAGCUGACGUUACCGGGGAUGCACAUGCCUCCGCCCGAGCCGGCGGUUCCCGACCUGCCUCUGCAAGGCGGAUGUGGGAUCGCGAACUGGAACUCUCUGCUCGCUAACCGAGGACCUGUAUUGUGAUUUACGUGAACCAUGAAAUGUCUGUGUACUGUCUUCCUCUUUCUUUGCGGUUCUUUCAUCUAUUCAUUGCAUGAGAACAACAUAGAAAGCGGUCUCUCAAAUGGAUGUGCAGGUAUCACUCGAAGAGCCGGGCGUGGCCGCGCACCCUCGGGAGGAGUUGGAGGCGCGACCGUCGCAGGUGCAGGCACCGAACAUUGCGCAGGUGUCCGAAAUGCGGCCCAAUGUUGUGGACGACAAAGUUGCGCGCGCGAUGAUGCGGGUUCGAAAGGGGCGGCUCCCGGAAUCGUUCUUCGAGUCCAACUAUCAAAUGUAAAAAUGUCUGGGUCUGGAAACUUGUGAUGCUGAGUGGCGUAGCAUGAGGGGGCCACAAGUGCUGGCUCAGCAUGACAAAUUUCUGAGCUUGUAGGUGUUGCCUGUUCUGCAUGACAAACUGCGUCUCCGCAUGACAGAAAAAUGCGGCUCUUGGGCAACGUGCAGGACAGAUUUUAGAGUCAUGCCAGACAAGCAUGACAAACAUGCAUUCUUCCAGACCCAGACAUUUUUACAUUUGAUACCAACCGAUUGCGCAAUCGAGUCUCGCACGAGCAGCUGGUAGAAGCGCACGAUCGUUCAGCAGCCGGGGAGCACUUUUCUGCCGCGAGCGACAACAUGGGAGGAAAAGUAGACAUUGCCCCAACGCAAGCGUUGCAUUCCAUUUCGAGUGACAGUCCCUUGGCCCGAUUGCGCGGCGGAACGAGGUCGAACAAAUCGUCGCCCCGGAGGCAGCAAGAGAGCCCUAGUACUCUCGGAAUCGGAUUCCGAUUCGCGACGAACACAUCGCCCGGCCGCCCCGAGGAACCUGUCCCACCUCGGGUGCAGCAGGCUGACGAAGAAAAUGCGGCGGAAGUAGUAAAUCGCUCCAACGUCACCCGGCCGGUUUUUGCAGCCUUCUCCACGACCUCCCCGUCCGCAAAUGCUGCAGCGGUUGGACAGGGUCUUCAGCGGGUUUCGCUAAGUGCGCGGAAACGCUCCGGACAAACACCGACCAGUCCCAGGUCGCGAUACGUGUUUCAUUACGACUCCCCCUCGGACAUGCACAGCUCGGUGCGGAAUGAGAAAGCAGCGGGAGUUGCAGCAACCGCAAGCGUGAGCGAUAGCAGAACGGUGUCGCAUUCUAGGCGGCCAGCCAGCAAAGAAGUAUAACAAUGGUUUUUAAGGAUGGUGUCUCUUGUUCCGUGCGCUCACAAAAAAUUAAAAUAUGGGUAAACAUGAUUUAGACCACGACACUGAUUUACUGAUUUUGUUGCACAGAACUACGCCGCCGAGCUGUCCGAAGUGCCUUUGAGUGAGAUUGAGUCGGAGCUCGACCGUAUGCGAAGCAACCUUGAGGAGUCCAUCCGCCGGUCACCACCGCGGUCGACGCGUCGUGUGGUCGAUGUACAGCAGGAGGAAUUACGGCGGGCAAUUCAGAUUGCGGUAAAAAAAGACGAACUGGACCUGUUGCUGCAAAACUUUGCGAAAAACAAGGAGGUAUUCGAGAAGGUUUGCGAGCUCGUCGCGCACGAAUUGGCCGACGGAGGAAAUAAACCGUCGACGUAAGUAGAAUCCUCCAUAAGAAAUGGUGGUCCCGCUCCCAUAAACUCUAUGUAGUUCUUUACAUUCGUUCCAGCUACAGUGAUCUACAAAGACUUCACUUUUAUUUUCAUUUUACAUCGCAACAUAAGAAAUUGAAAUGGUGUUUGAUUGCAACAUGACCUCACAAAGAAAAACGAAGACCCUUCACACAUGAGUGUGCGACGUUGUUUUCUUCGGCACAGAUUGAUAGGAAGUAUCCAUUGUAAUUUCACAUUCGUGCUGUAUGCAUUUGACUUUAGCUUUACUGGUCAGUGUGCCAUGUAAGUUAGUACAGUAUUCUGUAUAAUGUUUAUGAUUGGUUUUUGUGUAGUGAAUAAGAAAUUACUUUCAUCAUGUCGCGAACAAAUCGAAAAGAGAGCAUUUGGUGCGGAU